AUCCGCCGCGCCGGCUACGGCCGGCCGGGCUGGGAGACCCGCGAAGGGGAGAAGGUGAGGGGACCCGGUGGGCAGCUCCGCACGGACCGGGAAAUGAACGCUUGGGAAUCUGUCUGCGAGCGGACCCAUGAUCCAAGGACCAAAAGAGCCGCGUGAUCGCCCGACCUGGCCCUGCGACCCGAGACAUGGGCCAGACCUCGGUCUCCACGCUGUCCCCGCAGCCCAGCAGCGUUGACGGACUGGACAAAGCUUCUAUAGCAAACUCAGAUGGCCCAACAGCAGGCUCCCAAACACCUCCCUUCAAGAGGAAGGGGAAACUCUCCACCAUUGGUAAAAUCUUUAAGCCUUGGAAAUGGAGGAAAAAGAAGACCAGUGACAAAUUUAGAGAGACAUCAGCAGUAUUAGAAAGGAAGAUUUCUACAAGACAAAGUAGAGAGGAGCUGAUAAGAAGGGGAGUUCUUAAGGAAUUGCCUGAUCAAGAUGGAGAUGUAACAGUUAACUUUGAAAAUUCAAACGGGCACAUGAUACCCAUCGGAGAGGAAUCUACCCGAGAGGAAAAUGUAGUAAAAUCUGAAGAAGGUAAUGGCUCUGUAGCUGAAAAAGCACCACCUCUGGAGGAAAAGGCAGAAGAUAAGAAAGAGAACCCUGAAAACCACUCUGAAACACCGGCAGCUCCUGCUCUACCUCUUCCAGCUCUUCCUAAACCUACACCCAAACCUAAGCCCAAAAAAACACCUGUGCCUCCAAAAGGGGCCGCUGCUGGGGCCGGCCCCAAGGGUGACGAAGUACAUCCUAUUAAAACAAUUACCAAGGCUCCUGGUAAGCAGGCCCCCGUCCCUCCACCCAAGCCAGCAAGCCGAAAUGCAACCCGAGAGGCUGCUGGUUCCUCUCAUUCAAGAAAAACAACUGGCUCCAAAGCAACAGCUUCACCGUCUACUUCCUCCACUUCAUCUCGUCCUAAAGCUUCAAAGGAGACAGUUUCUAGCAAAACAGGGAUGGUAGGAAUCACAAAGGGCAAGAAAAAAACUGGCAAGCAGCCAACGUCUCAACCGUCCUCAGAUGCAACCACUUCUGGCAUAUCUGACCUUAAAGGAGAGCCUUCGGAGACCAGCGUGGCGAGUCUCAAACCCGAGCAGACUGCCCCCGGCACCGAGGAGCAGACCACAGGCAGACCCAAGUUCGCAGUCCCUCUGCCCGCUGUGGCUCCAGCACCUCUUCCCCCCACCCCUUCUCCCCCCCUGGAGGAGCAGAGCAUUGCUGCCUCAGACACUCCUGUCGUCCUGGUCAGCAACGGAGCCGACCUGCCCGUCCCUGCCUUAGACCCAAGUCAGCUUCUCUGGACCGAAGAGGCGACAAACAGCACCACUGUCCACUCAGGCACUGGCUUAAGUGUUAGCAGAGAAAAUGCAAAAUGUGUCACAACCAAAGACGAGCUGGGGAAGGCAGCGCCUCAGCUCCUGACUCCUGGGCUGAUGGGAGAAUCUUCAGAAUCCUUCAGUGCCUCAGAGGACGAAGGCCAAAGGGAAUACCAGGCCAAUGACUCUGACUCUGAUGGGCCUGUCUUGUAUACCGAUGACGAUGACGAUGAAGAGGAUGAAGACGAGGACGGCAGUGGAGAAAGUGCUUUGGCCAGUAAAAUACGACGAAGGGAUACUCUUGCUAUCAAACUUGGCAACAGACCGUCUAAGAAGGAAUUAGAGGACAAAAACAUCUUGCAGCGUACCUCUGAAGAAGAGAGGCAGGAAAUCCGACAGCAAAUUGGAACUGAGCUUGUCAGGAGACUUAGCCAGAGGCCCACAACUGAAGAAUUAGAGCAAAGAAAUAUCCUGAAGCAAAAGAAUGAAGAAGAAGAGCAAGAAGCAAAAAUGGAACUGAAACGCAGACUCAGCAGAAAGCUCAGCCUGAGACCCACAGUGGCAGAGCUGCAAGCUCGAAGGAUCCUGCGGUUUAAUGAGUAUGUGGAAGUCACCGAUUCACCUGACUAUGAUCGCCGGGCAGACAAGCCCUGGGCCAGGUUAACACCUGCAGACAAGGCGGCAAUAAGGAAAGAACUAAAUGAAUUUAAAAGUACAGAAAUGGAAGUUCAUGAAGAGAGUCGACAGUUUACCAGGUUUCAUCGUCCAUAAUGAAGUGCGGGACUCUUUGGAAACAGACUGAUCAUCUUUGGGGGAAUCCUCACUUCCUGAAAACCUGAUAUUGCACUGGGAUUUGAAUGUGUGUGUUUCCGUUUAACUUGUGGUGAAGGAAGCAUGUGGAAUGUGCUCCCCACCUAUACAGCCCGGAUAGGCCAACAAGCAAAGGGAAGGGUGCAGCGACUCUGCUGUCCAGCAUGUGGAUUGAUGGUAAGGGGAUACCAUGGUUACACCACUUAUUCUUCAUCAGGAGUUUUAAUCAAAGAAGAUGAGCAGAAGACAAUCGCUGGUUCCCUGUUGCCAGAAAGCCACAUUUAAGAGUGCAAGUUAAAGAAGAAUGGGGAAUGGAAUUUCUGAGCACUGGAGAGGGGUGGGGGGUUGAAAAUCAGAAAGCAAGAGAAGUACUUCAUUAUGUUAAUGAAAAGAAGAAAUGGAAGCAUAAAGGUAUUUUCAAAGUAGGCUUUCGGUAGUUGAGAACUUAUUAAGGGAUUUGGGAGUUUAAUCACCCAAGGUGGAUUUCCUAAAGACCUGACCCUAGAAGAAUAUUCUUGUUUCAUCAUUAUAUUGGUACAGUGUCGUACCAUUAUUUUUUUGUUGUGCCAGUGAAUUCAGUUGCCAGAAAUAAGUCUGAGUGUUUUCAUGUAUCUUUUUCUUAAAUGCGAGAGGCUUUUCCUGACUCUUAAUAAGCAUGCUUACCCAAAUUUUGUUGCAUGCUUUAAGUAGCAUAGCUAGACAUACUUUACAUUUUUUUUUUAAUACUCCUUAUCUAAUGUACCAACCUUCCACGAGGAUUAUAGGACUGGGAAUAAAGUCAGACGUAAUUAUUCGACCCUUUAAAUCUGUAGCAGGCUUUAGAAAUAAAUCUUUUGGUCUUUCCCUAGCUUGAUUAUCUCCAGUGUUGAAACCAUCGUACUUGAUCUGAAGAAGAUAAUAUCGACAAUCAUGGCACCUUUUUAAAAAGUCUGAAUCCAAAGUUAAAACUUAAGCGAAAUGCAAGUUUUCUGCCAGCAGUUAGCUCUGAAUAGGAAUGAAAAGAACUACUUAUUUUCCAUGCUGCAUUAAGUUGGAUUGCUGCUAUUAAAAAAAUAAAGCACAUGGAUUAAAAAAAUACUCACCCAGAGACUUAAAAGAACAGAAAAUUUCUGCUAAGUUGUAAGUGAGGAGAACCUCAUUUGAUAUUUUAAGAGUCUGCAGAUUGCAUCCAUAAAUAUAGCAUUGACUUUCAGUGCAAAAUAAUCAGUGAGAUUAAAGUUAUGGAAGAUUUCCCUUUGAGCCUACAGUCAAUAUCGUUUACAUUAAGAAGUCCUCUAUUGUCAUCUUACUGUUUUCCAUGGAGUCACAGGCAUAGUAUGGCUUCUGCUCCCAAGUACAAAUGACCAUAUGUAAAUACCACCUUGCAUUUCAUUGUUCUUUCAUGAUUAUUUUGUGCCCCUUUUAUUAAAAACACAUGAGAUGUAUAACAACAAGACAAGACCCAAAUAGACUUUAUUUUAUUCUCAGAGUUUGGACUAGGAUUUUCUGAAAUGAUUCUGGUGCAUUAUAUGGAAAACUCUAAUUUUCUAUUUCAACCAAAAGGCAAACAUUUAAUCUGGUGGACAAAUUUGGAUCCUGCCAUUCAUUUACAUUUUAAAGAACCACUUAAAAUUGGAUGAUUUUGCUUCAAAAAUAAAAAAAAAUUUAGUCCCACUUAGCCUAUUACAAAAAGCCAGGACCGUUUUAUAACUAAGAAAAGUAGCCAGCGUUGCUGACACCUCUUGCUGUACUCAGCUAUAUGCGUUAAUAAAAUAAACCUAGAAUUCUACACUAUUGUCAUGUCCUUGAUAGAGUAAGACGUAUUUUUGUUUUGAAAAACUUUUUCUGCAUGCCCAAGUGUCUUUCUCUGGCUGAAGUUUUAUCCAUUUCAUAGUGUUUAAAUCCAGCCACAGAUAUUAACUAGGUUCCAGUUUUUUGCUGAAGCCAUGUUUUUCCUUAUGAUAUUGUUUUAUUGUCAUUUUAGUGUCUUGGGAAAAAUACCAAGGAAUGUAGUGUUAUUUUAAUUUUCUAUACUUAUAAUCUUAGAACAUCAUUUUAAUUUCUAAUCACAAGGCCCCUAUAAAAAUGGUAAAUAUAAGACAUUUAUUACUGUUUUAUCACUCAAGAUACAUAUCAUAGAAAGUCUCUAUUUGGUUGAUAAAAGGAACCAUUUUUUUCCCACUAGCAGUACAUGUGAUACAGUUUUUUUAUUCCCUACACUGAGAUGCACUCGGUACAAAAAUGAAACUCUGGUCCCUCAAUAUAUUGUUUUCCUUGUAUGAUAUGUCAGAUUUAUGAACUACCCAUACUUUUUCUUCUAAUGAUUGACAUGUUUAGGGAAAAGUUUAAAAGUCAAAAAAAUUAACCAAUACUAGUUUAAUUUUUAAGAAUUGGAACCACAAAUUAUUUCAUCAGAAUGACCCUUUAAAUAAAAAGCUAUGGAAAGAAUGGAAGGAUUAUGAGCCAAGCUAUAUUUUGCGGAAUGAAGCUCUAUUUUAAUAGAUAAUUUUACUUUUUUUAAAUGUCUUUCUUGGACUAUAAUUGCUUUACCAUGUUGUGUUAGUUUCUGCUGUAUAACAAACAAAAUGAAUCUGCUAUACGUAUCCAUACAUCCCCAUAUCCCCAGUAGCUAAUUUUAAAAGGCAGAAACACUGCAUAUCCAUCUCAGCAGCCCAUCUUGCCUGCAGCCCUAAAAGGAUACAAAGAUGUGGACCACCCUCCAUAGAAUUAUGUAUCCGCCUAAUGCCAGCAUUUCUGCAAUCCAACCGAUAAGCUACGGUUCUAUAAAAAUACAUGUUUAUGGGAAUUGGGUUGUUGUAAUACAACACCAGGGUUUUUCCUAUUUAAAGUGCAACAUUAGGCUGACGUAGAAGAAGUGAGUGGUUUUCCUGGGUCCCUAAGAUGUGAUUAAGGAAGAGAACAAAUCCAUCUCCAGAAAGGUCACAGGCAGGAAAAAACUAGACAGACUGUAAAAACCAAAGUGACCAUUUCCAUCUUUUUUAAAAUGGAGAAAAAGAACAGUAACAGUAAGGUAGUAAGAAGAUGCCAUUAGCUUUAUCAGCAUCUUCAUGGUCAUUACCAAUUAGGCUGACAAAACUAGUUCUCCAGUGAUUAGUGUUAAUUUUUGGCAGCCCUGCCUGAUAAUUUCCUGUGGUGUGAAAUGUCUAGCAUUUUCUUUUUGUUCAAUAUAGUUUACCUUUAUGAUAAUUCCUAAAAUUAUUUAGAUGAAAUCUAUAAUAUUCAGAGAACUAGUUUGGGUAUUUGAACAGCUGUUUUAAAUGGAGAAAAAAGCACACUCGUCCAUCUGAUUUACCCAGAAAAACUGACUUUCUGGUUUCAUUUUCAUAUCCUUUUAUUAGCAUAAUGAUUGUAAUCACUUAUCUUUCUCUUAUGUUAGUAAAUAUAUUGUUUGUAGAAAGUUCUAAAAUGUCAGUGAAAAUCUUUUUAAGGAAGUAGAGGAAUUGAAUACACCCUUGAAUAAUCAUCGAAUAUUGAAAAUGAGAGAUAAGUCCUUAAAACCCAUAACUCAGGUUUUACAACCUGCAGUUAAUUCAGUGUUGCAUUGGCACUUAAAAAAAAUACAGUAACUUACACUUAAAAAAGAGAAAAAUUUGCAUUAACAUUGCAUAUCCUAAUGUGUACCACAUUUUAACACAAAAACAGGCAUUGUAUUUAUACUUAAUAGAGUCAGACACAACUUUCACAAAUUAUACUGUAUUCACAAUAGAAAAAAGCAACCUUGUCUAUCACAUAGUAGUAUCUCCACAUUUAAACAGUGAAAGCUCUUCAAAAAUGUCAUAUUAUUUCUUUAAUUCGUCCCAGCAGCACAUUUCACACAGAGUGAGAAAUCGUUCUCAGAAUAGGUGAGAUGGAAUCAAGCUAGUACAAGAUACAUCAAUUUAUGUCAUUUCAUCGGUAUGGUAGCUUAAACAUUCCUAGAUCCAAUCAUAUUAUUAAGCCUAAUCUUACUAGUGAAAGUAUAUACUUUGAGACAAUGAUUAAUUUCUUCACAUUGUUAGAGAAUGUUAUGAGCACUAAGGAACCACUAAGAUGCAAUUUAUUUACAAAGUUUUCCCUUGGCCACUUGAACUGGCUGAUCUUCCACUAUUGGGCAUUUGAGUAUAUGUCACAUUGUUUUACUUGCCAAAGCAGAAUGAAAUUUUGGAGCUGAAAUAUGUCCUAGACGGGAAUGCAACAGCAAAAGUAAUCAUCAAAUUAAUAGGACCAUCUUUCUGAGAGAAAGCACAUCUCCAAAUAGUUGACACGCAAGUUUCAAAGAGCAGCAUGAGGCGUUAUUAUAAUUUGGCAGUGAUCAAAGCGUGGUAGGACAAGGGUAGAAUACUCCCAACCCAUUCUCAUUUUCACUUUCCACUUACUUUUUGUAAUCAUUAAGCUUAAGCUCUUUAUGGAAAUGCAAACCACCAUUAACAUUUCUAGAAAAGAACUGAAAAAAUAGCCCACUUACGCUUUUUCAAAGACAGGUUUAUCCCAAAUUAAGAAAUCCUAUUGUACACGCUAUAAGAUUUCUGGCAAAAAGAGAGAAUCCUAUAGCAGCUAUUCCCACCAAAAGCCAACCCUAUAGGCAAGGGUCAUUUUUAGCUAGGCUAGGAUUUACUGCACAGAAAAAUGUCAUUUAGCUUUUCACAUUGCUAGCACAGCUGCACAUAUGAGCAAAGCACUCCAUCAGUGUUUCUCAGUGGGGUACUGUUGGCAUUUGGAGCUGGGCAAUUCUUUUCGUACAGAAAUGUCCCACACAUUGCAAGAUGUUUACUCUCCCAGGCCCCUGCUGCCUAAAUGCCAGUUGUAUGCCCAGCCAUUGUAAAUACGAAAAGUAAAAAGCGCUCCCCCAUGUUCAGAUGCCCUCCUGGGAGGGCAGUACCUCCUCCCUUAAAUGCCACUGUCUACUGCAAUUUGAGGACACAGGAAAAAGUGUCUAUCUCAAAACAUCAUCUUGACUCCCUUGCAUUUCUUUGGGCCCUGAGUAGUUUCCUCCCCCAUCAUCUUUCUAGCCUUUUGUUUCUAGCCUUCUGAUGCAGCUUUAGUUUACCAGUUCUUCAGGGAGGAGGUUACUGGGUAGCCUAGGCAGUUCCGACAGGCAUAGUCGCUUGAUUAGUCCCUGUAUGUACUUAAAGGGGAGAUUUCACAUGAAGUACACUUUUUUUUUUUUUUUUUUUG